AUGGAGAAGCAUCCUCAAGCACUUCGGUUAUGUACGUUGAUCUUCAUCACUUUUUAUGCCCUUUUGCAUCUCGUUAAAGCACAGGACCAAAAAGGAUUCAUCAGUUUGGAUUGCGGAUCAUUGCCAAACGAUCCUUCUUACAACGAUCCUUCAACCGGAUUAACAUACUCGACGGACGAUGGCUUCGUGCAUAGUGGCAAAACCGGAAGAAUCCAGAAAGAGUUCGAGCCGAUCUUCAGUAAACCGUCUUUGAAACUUAGAUACUUCCCGGAUGGAGUCCGAAACUGCUAUACUUUGAAUGUCACACAAGACACAAACUAUCUGAUCAAAGCUGUAUUCGUGUAUGGUAACUACGAUGGUCUUGACAAUUACCCGAGUUUCGACCUUUAUCUUGGUCCGAAUUUAUGGGUAACGGUUGAUAUGGCUGGACGUACCAACGGUACUAUCCAAGAGAUCAUCCACAGGACUUUAUCUAAGUCUCUCCAGGUUUGUCUCGUUAAGACAGGAACAAGCACACCUAUGAUUAAUACGUUAGAGCUACGACCACUUAAAAACAACACUUACAAUACUCAGAGCGGCUCUCUCAAGUAUUUCUUUCGAUAUUAUUUCAGCACCUCAGUCCAAAACAUACGGUACCCGGAUGAUGUCAACGAUCGUAAAUGGUAUCCCUUCUUUGAUGCAAAAAAGUGGACAGAACUAACGACCAAUCUCAACAUAAACAGUUCUAAUAGUUAUGCACCACCACAAGUUGUAAUGGCGUCCGCCUCAACCCCUAUAAGUACUACUGCAACGUGGAACUUCUCAUGGUUACUGCCAUCUUCCACGACCCAAUUCUAUAUGUACAUGCAUUUCGCCGAGAUUCAAACUCUUCAGUCCAUCGAUACCCGAGAAUUCAAAGUGACAUUGAAUGGAAAUCUUGCUUACGAACGAUAUAGUCCUAAAACGUUAGCCAUGGAAACUAUAUUUUUUUCGACACCACAACAAUGUGAAGGAGGGAAAUGUCUCUUGGAGUUAACGAAAACACCAAAGUCUACUCUUCCUCCUCUCAUGAACGCUCUCGAGGUUUUCACCGUGAUCGAUUUCCCACAGAUGGAAACAAAUCCAGAUGAUGUUGCUGCUAUGAAGAGUAUCCAAAAUACUUAUGGAUUGAGUAAAAUUAGCUGGCAAGGAGAUCCAUGCGUUCCUAAACAGUUUUUGUGGGAUGGUUUAAACUGCAAUAAUCUAGAUAUUUCCACGCCGCCUUUUGUCACUUCCUUAAACUUAUCCUCAAGCAACUUAACGGGGAUCAUCUCGCAAGACAUUCAGAAUCUAUUACACCUACAAGAACUAGACUUGUCAAACAACAAUUUGAUUGGAGGAGUACCCGAAUUUUUAGCUGACAUAAAAUCACUCUUAGUCAUAAAUUUAAGUGGGAACAAUCUUAACGGCUCUGUUCCUCAAACCCUUCUACAGAAGAAAGGACUAAAGUUGAAUGUUGAAGGAAACUCGGAUCUUAUUUGUCCGGAUGGAUUAUGUGUAAACAAAGCUGGAAAUGGUGGUACCAAGAAAACGAGUGUAGUAGUACCGAUUGUUGCAUCAGUUGCGUCUGUGGUUGUUCUUGGAUUUGCAUUGGCUCUCUUCUUUGUGUUCAAAAAGAAAAAGACAUCAACCAGCCAAGGUCCAGCAUCAUAUACGCAAGAAUCAGAAGCUAGAACAACCGGGUCUUCAGAGCCGACAAUAAUGACUAAGAAUAGAAGGUUUACAUACUCAGAGGUUGUGACGAUGACGAAAAACUUUCAAAGAGUUCUUGGUAAAGGAGGAUUUGGAAUGGUUUAUCAUGGAACUGUUAAUGGUACUGAACAAGUAGCCGUUAAAAUGCUCUCACACUCAUCUUCUCAAGGAUAUAAAGAAUUCAAAGCAGAAGUGGAACUUCUUCUCAGAGUUCACCACAAAAAUUUGGUUGGCCUCGUAGGAUAUUGUGACGAAGGAGAAAACUUGGCUCUUAUCUACGAGUACAUGGCUAACGGAGACUUGAGAGAACAUAUGUCAGGAAAACGAGGUGGAUCUAUUCUGAAUUGGGAAACUAGACUAAAAAUAGUCGUCGAGUCUGCGCAAGGUUUGGAAUACUUGCAUAAUGGAUGCAAACCACCAAUGGUACAUAGGGAUGUCAAAACCACAAAUAUAUUGUUGAAUGAACAUUUUCAGGCCAAACUAGCUGAUUUUGGCCUUUCGAGAUCUUUUCCGAUUGAAGGAGAAACUCAUGUGUCAACAGUUGUUGCUGGAACUCCUGGAUACCUUGAUCCAGAAUAUUAUCGAACAAACUGGUUGAACGAAAAAAGUGAUGUUUAUAGCUUCGGAAUUGUACUAUUAGAGAUCAUCACAAACCAGCCUGUGAUCAAUCAAAGUCGUGAAAAGCCACAUAUAGCAGAAUGGGUUGGGUUAAUGCUUACAAAAGGAGACAUUAAAAACAUUAUGGAUCCAAAACUCUAUGGCGAAUAUGACUCUGGUUCUGUCUGGAGAGCAGUUGAACUAGCAAUGUCGUGUCUAAAUCCUUCCUCAGCUAGAAGACCAACAAUGUCUCAAGUUGUUAUUGAAUUAAACGAAUGCUUGGCUUAUGAAAACUCAAGAGGAGGAACGAGUCAAAACAUGAACUCGCAAAGUUCUCUUGAAGUGAGCAUGAACUUUGAUAUUGGAUCUACCCCUGAUGCUCGUUGAUUAGACGACUGCAAGAUUCAUUUUGUCUUUGUUUUCUUGAGUGCAUGCAUUGUCGUUACUUUAAAGUAAACUUUUAUAAUUUUGUAAUAUCUUUAUGUCAUUGAUGAAUGUGAUUUAUUGGAA